ACAGAACACAUACAUUACUGUAGUCCGACAGGGAAACCAGUCAGAGACUCUAUAAUGUCUAUCUUUGUGAUACUGGGACUGCUGGUCUGCACUGAGGCACCAGGGUCCAGUGCUGUGACUCCUGUGUUUGUGCAGAAGGGAAAUGAUGUUCUUCUGAAUGUCAUGAAAGCUGAUGUUAUUCAGGAUGUUUUUGCUGUUGUGUGGACCUUCAAUAAAAAGGAUGUUUUAGUAAGAUUUUCACCCGGUAGAGAACCAACAGUCUCUCCUGCUUACACUGGAAGAGUUGAGUUUUCUGUCAAUGAUUACUCUCUGAAAGUGAAGAAUCUACAAGAGGCAGACAGUGGAGUUUAUACUGCACGAGUGACAAGGGAUAGAGAGGAACUAGCUGAAUACAAUGUCACAGUUCAAGAUGCAAUGUCUCCAGUUAACCUGAAGGUGGACUCUGUGUCCAACAGCUCAGACUCCUGUAACCUCACUGUGACCUGCAGUACACAGGACUCUCACAUCAGCAGCACUUUUAGAUGUGACACCAAAACCUGCAGGCAGGAGGGAGGAGAGCAAUCAGAGGUCACAACAUCUGGUGCUUCUCUCCAUGUCUACCUGGUGAAUCACUCAAUCAUCUGUAACCAUAGCAACCAGGUCAGCUGGACCAAAGACAUUGAAAUGGCUGAACAUUUCUGCCCUUUACAUGCUGGUUCAGAGUGUGUCUCUGCUGGUAUCUCUGUGUGUCUGGUGAAGACUGUCGUGUUCUCUGUCGGGCUGAUCAUCAUGGUGUCUGCCGUCAUCUGUGUUCAUAUCAUGGAGAAACUCAAGAAGCACAAAUAAACAAUUCUCUCUACCAAACCAAUUUCUUCACUUUAUUUUGACAUCUCAACAUAUACAAACCAUGUAAACAAAUACAUUCAUUGAAAAUGUUGAGGAUAAUACAAAAAGGUUAGAAAAAUAACUUUCCAUGUCCAUUGUGGAGCAAUAUUAGAUGUAUCUCACAUUCUUCAGUUAAAGGAACCCAGUGGAGUUUUUGAUCACUAGCAGCAUUAUGGAGCAGUUGUUUUAUGAGUGAGUGAGUCUCUGUUUUGUUUGUAUUGUGUAUGUCCAAGUCUGCACAUUCCUGCCACUGAUUUCAUGCUAUUUCACUGACGGACAGUUGGUGGCUGUAACACACCAAGAAAUGUAAGUAGAGGAAGUAGAAGUCUGCAAGCCAGAAAACGUGGAUGGAACCAAUACAGGAUAUAAAAUAUUUGUGAAAAUUGGCCGUUGCAAAUGUUUUAGGAGGGAAAUAAAAAAUAAAACAAAUGCAGUUCAUUUUUCUUGAUUACCCAUUGAUUAUACCCAAUAAUGACUGUGCUUCCUUUAUAAAUAAAAUAAUUGUACAGAGAUGACCAUGAUAGAAAAUUCUUAUAUAUUAUAUUGAAAAAAGAACAGCAUACAAUAAAUAGCCUUGGGCAAUACACUAUAUGUAAUACUGUGGUCCUAUUUACAAUGGUCUCAGAAAGAUUUAUAAACAUUUAAUAAAAUGCAAUGUUAAUGUGACCAAAACACUGAUAAUUGACAAUAUUUUAUCUUUUUCUUUAACUAAGUAAAGCACUUUCUGGUACAUACACCAUUAUUGGACACGAGUUAAAGCUGUAUAAUUAUCUUUUAUGAAUUAAUGAAGCCAAAAGAUGUUGUGAGACUGAUCUCUUUUUACUUACUUUAUACUGUUAAACUGCAUUUCAUUGUCUCAUACUUGUACACAAUGACAAUGACAAUAAAGUUUAAUCCAAUCUGAA